AUGGCAAGAUUCGCGGCAGCAACAUUACUUUUGAGUGUCCUGGUGACCUCAUCAUGGUCCCUGUCCAUAGACCUUAACAAGGUGCAUAACCAGGAACAGCUGGUGGGCAGUGCAAGUGAAGCUGGCAAAAGUCGUCUUUCCUAUGACUUUGAUGCCAAUGCAUUGGGCAGGAAUAAAUAUACACCGCCCGAGGAGAUGAAUGCUCAGUUCUGGUAUGAUAUAGCCGAUCAGGAGUUAACCAAACGUUUGGAGCUGCCUACGGGAAAGAUUGACAAGAGGAAAGCCAAGAAUGUGAUUAUGUUCUUGGGUGACGGUAUGUCAUUGACCACAGUGGCUGCUGCUAGGAUACGCAAGGGUCAGCUUAAGGGUAAUACAGGCGAAGAGGAUUCUUUAAGCUUUGAGAAGUUCCCAUAUUCCGGCCUGAGCAGGACCUACUGCUCCAAUGCCCAGGUUGCCGAUUCUGCCUGCACGGCCACUGCCUAUUUGUGUGGAGUGAAGACCAAUAUUGUUGCUUUGGGUAUCACCUCGGCGGUGACAUUUAACAAUUGCAGCGGCAGUGAGGAUCCUGCCAAUCAUGUUAGCUCUAUAGCCGCCUGGUCUCAGGCUCAGGGCAAAUCCACUGGCUUCGUGACCACCACCACCCUGACCCAUGCCAGUCCAUCGGGUUCGUAUGCCCAUACCACGAAUCGCUUCUUUGAAUGCGACACGGAUAUUGUCACCUAUGGCGAUGGUAUUAAUGAUCCGGCCACCUGUACGGAUAUUGCCACCCAAUUGAUUACCCAGGAGCCGGGAAAGAAUUUCGAUGUGAUGUUGGGUGGAGGCAUUGGUAAAUUUUUGCCCAAUACCAUUACGGAUCCUUUCGGCAAGCAGGGAGAACGUUCUGAUGGUGUCAAUCUCCUCUCGAAAUGGCAAUCCCUACAUGAGGGUGGCGUCUGGGCCUACAAUCGUGAUCAACUACUGAGUGUGAAUGCCUCAAAGAUAAAAAGUUUGAUUGGCACCUUCGGCUCAAGCACAAUGAACUUUCACUUGGAUGCCGAUCCUACACAGCAACCAACUCUGUCAGAGUUGACAACCAAGGCCAUUGAAGUUUUGAGCAAGAAUGAAAAGGGUUAUUUCGUUUUCAUUGAAGGCGGUCUAAUCGAUUAUGGCAAUCAUUUCAAUAACCCAGCCCGAUCCCUUGAUGAGACCAAUGAACUUUCCAAUGCUGUGGAGGCUGCAUUGGGUGUUGUCGAUUUGGAUGAGACUUUGAUAGUUGUCACCUCGGAUCAUGCCCAUCCGUUGUCCAUUUCCGGUUACCCAGGUCGUGGCUCUCCAAUCCUAGGACUCAAUCCCCAUGACACAGAUGUGAAUGGAGUCAAAUAUGCCACUCUCAAUUAUGCAGUUGGCACAAAUCAAUAUUUGGAUGAGACUGGGGAGCGUAUCGAUCUUACCGAGUUAAUUGACGAGGCUGAUUUCAUUCAUCCCAGUUAUAUUCAUGGCACCAUCGGUGUCCAUGCUGGCGAUGAUGUUGGCGUCUUUGCCAUUGGACCACAGUCCCAUCUUCUAACUGGAGUGAUGCAACAGUCAUCGAUUCCUCAUUUCAUGGCCUACGCAUCCUGUGUGGGCAAUGGAAAGACUUUGUGCAAUACAUAGAAACGAUGGAAAACAAUAAUAAAAUGAAUAUUCCAAAAAAUUAAA